AUAAAUUGUGGCUAAUAAUCGGUGCAAGACACAUUCCGUGUUUUAGACGCAAAGUGUAAAGAACAUUUAAGUGGCUUAACAGAAAUCAACCAAAAAUGGCCUACAAGUUGGUAAUUGCUCUCGCCUUCGUUGCUGCCGCCAGUGCCGCUGUCGUUGUCCCAGCUGCUCCCGUUGUUCCAGCUGCUCCCGUUUUGGCCAAGGCUGUCGAACUUGAGGAAUACGAUCCCCAUCCCCAAUACAAAUUCGGUUAUGAUGUCCAAGAUGGUCUUUCCGGUGACUCUAAGGGCCAUGUGGAGGAACGUGAUGGUGAUGUAGUUCGUGGUGAAUACACUUUGGUCGAUCCUGAUGGCUUGAGACGUACCGUCACCUACACCGCUGACCCUGUCAACGGUUUCAAUGCCGUUGUUCGUCGUGAACCAAUUGCUGUUGCCGCUCCCGUUGUUGCUGCUGCUCCUGUCGUCAAGGCUGCCCCAGUUGUUGCGGCCGCCCCAGUUGUAAAGGCUGCCCCCGUUGUUGCUGCCGCCCCUGUUGCUGCUGCUCCUGUUGUUGCUGCUCCUUAUGUAGCACCCGCUGCAUAUGUUAAAAACUUGUAAGAUGGUACAGAUCUCAAAACUUUUGGAAUCCAUGAAUGUCUAAGCGUACUAAAUGUGAUAAAUAAAUUAAUUAGAAUCUA